AUGCUGACUCCUCCUAAAGUUAAACCGGACUCUAAGCCGAGCCGAGCCAGUGUUGCGUGCAACUUAUGCCGAGAGAGUAAGCUUAAGUGCAUCAACAGCGAUAACAAUACCAGGUGCCAUCGGUGUACAUUGUUAGAUUUGACCUGUUCAUAUACAUUAAAGAAAUCGCAACUAAAGAAACGAAAGCUUUCUAAGCACUACAUCACCCAUCUGGCAGUAGCUGAUAGUACGCCGGUACCUAACAAUUUGACAUACGGGGCAAACCACACCAACGCCAACCCACCCAGUUCUGUAGUUCUUCCAGAUAAAACAACCAUUAUAGAAGUUGCUGAAAUAUAUUUCGAAAAUCAGUAUAAAGGAAUCUUCCCUCAUUUGCACAAACCUUCUCUUCUCUCGUUCAUACGAUCCCCCAAAUUUAACCCAACCACUUAUAUCCUGGACUACUACAAUGACUUUUUUGAAGCCAACUACUCAGCUUCAUUAAGGUUUCCGGACCCAAUAAUUCUCUUGGCCAUAUUGGCCUUGUGCGCGAGACUUCACCCUGAUCUCCCUAAAGUCUAUGGUGAGUUUUCAGAGGACAGAACUCCCGAACUCUUCUUGCCGAAUUUCAACAACAGGACACAAUCGAAGACUGUCGAUAACGAUGACAAUAAUGCGGCAUCCAAUGCUUCCAACUAUUUUGGAUGGCAUGCAAGAAACAUAUUGAAGGAAGUUUUCGAUAGUCCAACCAUCCAGAGAGUGCAGGCUCUUACAAUAUUAAGUAGUCACGAAUGGGGUGAAGGUAAUGUGUCUAGAAGUUAUCUUUAUGUUGGAAUUGCUGCAAGAAUGGCUCUUGUAUUGGGCUUAGGAACAGAGGAGGGGAUUAUAGACAAAGAAGAGGACAGAUUAGACGACUCUUCAAAGUUCAUUUGCAUCGAAAGCAAAAGAAGAACAAUGUGGGCAGUCUAUAUGAUGGACAGGUGUAACUCAAGUGGCCGAGAUAGACAUUCAUGUAUUAAAUUGGAUGAUAUUCACGUUAGAUUACCCUGUACUGAGAAAGAUUUCAUAUUUGGAAAUUUCCGACAAAAGUCUCUAGCAUUUGAAACCGCUAACGGCUACAUACAUAAGGCACCCAGCAAUGAAAAAUUGCAUCAAACUUCAUGCUUCGGUUUCCUCAUCAUUUUGUUCGAAACCUGGGCCAAAAUAGCGAAAUGGGUGGGAGAAACAGGAGGCAAGUUGGAAAGAUUGCCUCCUUGGGAUGAAGAAUCACCCUAUUCCAAGCUUUCCAAAGAAUUGGAUAUUUUUGUAGAAAGUCUACCUCCGCAUCUUAAAUUCAGCAAAUUCAAUUUAGAAGCUCAUAUUGCUGAUGGUUCGGCCGCAGAUUUUGGUUAUUUCCAUGGUCUAGUUUUUCUCUGUCGAAUAUUUCUCAACAGAGAAUAUUUCUUCUGCACCCCCGAAUCAUUUCCUGAUGGCUGGUGGGAAACUGAAACUAGAACAAUGUUGCAGACACUCGAUGAUUUAGCAUAUAUAACAAAAGUAUUGAAACCUAUUAAUAUGAUGGUGAUUGCCCCAUUUACAGGAUUUCAAGUUUUCACAGCUGCUGCGACAGGACUAUACAUCGAUGCUUUUCCAAAAAAAGUGCUUCUUCAACAUUUUCCAUACAAAUCAGAAGUGGACAACAUUGAAUUAGCUGUUGACAAUUUUAAGACCAAAUAUAAAGAAUUAGCGGAAGAAUCGAUGAGAUCUCUCUUGACCUGGAAAAAAAUGUGGGGUUUGGGAAUUGGAUGGUAUGAAACAUGUUUAAAGUUGCAAAAGAUGUUUGCAAAGGUAGCAAAGCAAAAUUCGUCAGCCUUACAGGACGACGAUUUGAGGCAUUCCAUGCACGACUAUGGUAAUGGUAAGGUCGAAGAAGUAUAUCGACCAGAAUACAUAAGAGAUCGCAAAAAAGAUAUGCAUAUUCUGAAUUUGUUAAUUGCGGACGACACCGAUUCUCCCAAACUUCGACUGGUACAUCAAUUAGUUGGGAGUGAGUCAACUGCUACAACUAAUUCGUCUCUUGACGAUGUUGGCGGGAAUAGUGGUUUCAAUUCGCCUUCUUUGGACUUUAUGAACAAUUUUGAUUUAUCCAACAUCUUCCCUGGUUGGAGUGAUGCAAUGAAAAUUUAA